AUGAAGAAAGACAAUCAGAAGGUUCCACAAAGAUCUCAACUGCAAGAAAAAGUGCGGCAAGUGCCAUUGAUUUCUACCUCUUCUACAGCACAAGGAGUACAAGAACAAGUGCGGCAAGUACCAAUGGAUUCCAUCACUCCUACAUCACAAGCUGUGCAUGAACCAUCUGAGGAUUCUACCGAUCAUGAAGCAAUUGAACAAUCUGAGGAACCAGGCCCUUCUGUGCUAAAAAGAAAAAGAGGCCCUACUCAAAUGCAAAGUGUGCACGGUAGGAAGGACCGUAAAAUAAUCGUGCUAAAUGAGUUCAAUCAACCCAUUGGUCCCACUAAGGAAGUUGUGAAAGAGUUGGGUAGCUUCCUCGGCACAUUGGGAAGGAAUAAGACCUUUUGUCCUCUUAAUUUAUUUGAUUGGAGGAAAGUAGACAAAAAAGAUGAUAUUUGGAAAUAUGUCAAGGCGAAGAAUUGGGUUUUUGAUUUAGUUUGUACUGCUUGGAGAAAGUAUAAAAGUCAGUUGAAGAAAAAGCACUUUGAUACAUAUAAGAAUGACGAGCGUCGAAUGCAGAAUAGGCCACAAAAUGUUCCUGCGUCUCACUUUAAAGAUCUUCUUGACUAUUGGAACUUCGAUGCCGCCAAG